AUGGCCUCUCGAAGUGUCUCUCCUGGAGGUGCUCUUCUACGAGCAUCUAGGGUUUUUUCAAUCCCACCGCCCUUACCACGCCCGGCUGUCGAGCUCUCGUCAAAAGGAGUCAACAACUCCGAUACAGCAACACUUGCACACCCUAUACACCAGACCAUCACAACACCGCAUUUAUCUCUCGCACAAGGUGACUGGGGUUUCAAACGGCCUCUACCCUUGCGGUCGACUACGAAAUCAUCAACUCCUUUUCUACGAGUCGAGGCAAUCGAUACUUUCGAGCACAUUACCGAAUUCGCUUCAGCCGCAGACCAUUCGAUAACGCUACAGAAAUGGCAGGAGAUGGGCAUACCGCUCACCAUACGCAUGGGCAAAAACCAAGGGAGUUUCAGGGGCGAAGAUGAGGGCAGGAUUAGUGUUUUUGAAUCAACAAUGGACUCAAUUGCCGAGUCUGACGGCAGCGUUUUAGGAAGGGAAGACACCCGAUGGAAGUUCAAAGGCCCAUGGCUGGCAGGGCAGACAGAGGGAGACUUUAACGAAUUUUUACGGGAAGGAGUUAAAAAGCGGAAGACGGAGUUUCAGGCGUACCUCAAAACUGCAUGCGCGAAUGCUCAUACUAAAGAGGCACGGCGGGCGGCAGCGGAAGGGGCGGUUGAUGUACCUGCUGCGGUCAAAGAAGAGGACAUAACUAAGGAGCAGCUUACUGAAUUUGUCAGAUCUCUUCGCAACAACCGUGCUGAACUUUACAAGCUCAUCAGAAAUUUCUUGGACCUACCGCCGGCGCCUGCCAGAUACCGCGAGGUUACUGAACGUAUGAUUGAUAUGAUGCGUCCUGGGGAGACUUUGGCUCCCAACGAUCUCCCUCUUUCCGCCUCUCCGUAUGCGAAUACUGGGCCACCGAAGACGCAUCCGUCAGCAGGGCUAGCUUACGGCUUGACGAGCUGCCACACACACAACCAUCCUCUUCACGGUCCACAGAAGGAAAACCGCCCUGUCCAGGCCCGUGUAGUGAAGCCGAAAAAUUCGGCCACCGGAGGCUUCGGUGCUGCAUUGGGUGUUGGAGGAUUCGUGACCGAAGUCCCAAGGGACAGUGCGUCGUUCAAUGUCAAUGAGCGCAACCCGAAAAGAGGUAUGCCCAAGGUCCACCCUGGCCUACAAAAUAUCGAGCCGGAGAAAGUGGGGGGCACCAAGAUCUGGAUCCGGCCAUCUUACGCUCACGUGGACCCCAAGGGCCGCAUCAUUCUGACGGUUGCGGAUGCUGAUCCUAUGGCCGUCGCUGUUGCAGAAGGGACUGAGGGUGCUAUGUCUGCGGUUUUUGAGAUCCCGAAACUCUCGGGCACAUUAUCGGCAGAAGCUCGCAAAGGCUUUGGUACAUUCAGCACCGCCCCGCAAGGAGAUGGUGGCUACGGAUUAACAUUGGACGUUGAUGAUGCUCCUAGACGAGAACCGGUUAGACCGAGAGACUCCCCAAGGAGUCAGGUAGAAGGGCUGUCAGAUUUGUCUUAA